GAAUCGUUUUUAGGCGGACUUGUCCAUCGCUUAAUGUGUCCGCACGCCAGGAGGUCAGUGGCGAUGUGAUGUGUAAAUACGGACUUUCGGUUUAACUUUAAAUUUAAUGAAAAUAUAUAUAUAUUAGCAUUUGACAUGCUUAUAACCUACGAAAAAAAUACUACGCACCCGACUGUCAGCCCUUCUGACAUUUAUUGACGUAACUUCAGUUACGAAUGAUUUUGAUAUAUGUUAAGUUUUUAUUCUGACGGAUACUACGUAUUAAUAUUUUCACUCAUUGGUACAUCUACUCUAUUUCGAUGUCAUAAUUACAAGCUGAAACAAUUUAUAGAGAGCUCUUUUAAUAAUUAUUCACGUCCAUGAAAUACCAUGAGAACAAGAUACUGAUCCUGCAGUGAGGUUUACAAAGCCAACAAAAAAGAUCCUGUUGCGUAAAAAUGGAUGAGGAUGGUCCAGACCAUGCCUUUGCUGAGCUCAAGACAAGGGAACUCCGAAUUUGGGAUGUUGCUCAGAUUGCAGCUGGAACUGGUCUCGCUGUUUACGCUAUGUGGAUAGGAGUCCUCCAGCCAGGCUUCAGGAAAGUCCCAUUGAGGUUACAGGUACCCUACAUACCUGCCAGUAGCGCCCAAGUGCGGAAUGUCAUGACAUUGCUAAGAGGUCGAAAAGGGGUCCUUGUGGAUUUAGGAUCUGGUGACGGUCGCAUUGUCUUGGAGGCACACCGGCAAGGCUUCACUUCUGCUGUUGGCUAUGAACUCAACCCCUGGCUUGUUCGCCUGGCCCGCUUCCAUGCGUGGAGAGCGGGUCGUCACGGCAGCGUGUCCUACCGAAGAGAAGAUUUAUGGAAGGUGGACUUGACAGAAUGCAAGAAUAUUACUGUGUUUUUAGCUCCUAGCGUGCUUUCGCCACUGCGUAAGAAGAUGGAGGCUGAGCUUCCUGAUGAUGCCUUGGUGGUAGCUGGCCGUUUCCCCAUACGUGACUGGACACCGUGCAGAACCGAGGGACAUGGUGUGGACAGAGCCUGGGCAUACAACGUGAAAGCGCAAAGACUGCUCACUUCCAAUGAAAAUAACAAGAGCACAGAUGGGGACCUUAAUAUGAAAGAAAAACCAGACAGCGCUUGAGUGAUCAUAGUAGGGCGCCCUCCCAACGAACGCACUUUUAUUAUGUAAAUGUGUUAUUUUAAGAACUUUUAACUGUCUGAAGAGGGAUGGUUGUUAAUAAUGCAAUGAAUGCUUGUAUGUGUCAUCAGUAACUAUGUUUCAUUAAAAAAAAAAAAAGUGGCACUGCUAAAAUAAUGUCACUGUAAUUUGUACGGAAGAG